AUGGGAGGACUGAACAGUCGGUUCCUGAGGCGCCAGGGAGUACGUGUCCCAGAAGAACCAGGUGCCGCCAGGGAAGAAGAGGCAGUGGCUGGGGAGGCGGAAGUGCCAGUGGAGCGGGAGGAGGAGCAUGAAGAGAACAGACCCACCACCAGUCAUGGCGUCCGCAAGCGGAAGACCAGUCCCGAAGGGCCGCUGGCAAAAGCCCUCUGCCAUAAGCGUUGCAAAGACAAAUCCCUGCCGAUUUAUGAGGCACUCUUCUUGAGGGGUGAAGGCAGUGAUGUACAGAUCCGGGCUUUGGGGGAGGAAUGGAACUUGCACAGGGUCUACCUGUGCCAGUCCGGGUACUUUGCGAGCAUGUUCAGUGGUGCCUGGCGGGAAACAAAUAUGGACACCAUAGAGUUGCAGAUGCCUGACAGGAACAUUGACACUCAAGCCCUGCACGAAGCUUUGGGUUCUUUAUAUCGCAACGCAGUGGCCAUUCCCCCCAGCCGAGUUGUUGCCAUACUGGCCACAGCCAGUAUGCUGCAGUUGGAUGAGCUAAUUCAGCAGUGCGAGGAGAUCAUGAAGGAGAGGAUCAGUGCCCAGACCGUGUGCAGCUACUUCUAUGCUGCCGACAGCUACGGCCUGCAAAACAUCAGGGCCACAUGCUUCCAAUGGCUUCUGGACAACCUGAUGCCCCACUGCAGUGAGGAGUUACUGCGAGAAAUUAGCCUGGAUCUCAUGAAGGAGCUCACCGCCUCUUCAGAUCUCUUGGUGAUGGAAGUGGAGAUGGAUGUGUACAACACACUGAAAAAGUGGAUGUUUCUGCAACUGCAACCAACAUGGAAGGGCUCCCGAAGAGCACUGCUGCAGGAUGCCGACUCUUGCUUUGCCAGAUACAAGAGGGAGAGAGAGGGUGCCCCUUUUCUGGAGAGCGAGCAGGGCAGAGCCUUUGUGUCAGCAUUCCAGCAGCUGCGGCUUGCCUACAUAAUAUGUGACUUGCCUUCUGCUCGUGUCAUCGAUCAGGAUGCACUGAUCCCUGCCUCCUGGUUGACCCCAGUGUACAAAGAGCAGUGGCUUGCACUCCUCCGGGCUGAACAGACCAGGGAGCUGGGACCUAUGGACAUCUACGUGUCUGACAUCCACGGGAAUAGCAUGCGGUGUGGGGGGCAGCUCCACAGGGAUGAGCAGCGUAGCUGGAGGUGGGCUGGCUUCAAUUUCGGCUGGGAUCUGGUGGUGUGCUAUGCCAACCGGCGCAUCAUUUUCCGACGCAGCGCACUGAACAAAUCCUGUGGCCUAGGCGUCAGCUUACUAUGGCAGAGAAAAGUAGCAUUUCGCCUCCGCUUGACCUCCUUGAACAGAGUUGGAAAAGUCAUUUUCAGGAAAGACACAGGAUACCGGAUGCUUUCCCUGGGGAAGGAUGAAGAGCUAGAGGUAGUGAAUCUGGAAAAUCAAGACGUAGUUUUCCCCAUAUAUGUGACAUGCAACUUCUUGUAUCACCCCAGGGAGAGAAGCAUUGCUCACAGUGAGGACCCCUGCACAAGUCCAGAGAAUUGA